AUGGUUCUGAUCUCACCCCACGCCAUGCAAGCCACCCGGGCGCCCACUACCGUCAGUGUGUUUGCGGACUGCAGCAUCCCGGCCGGGCUCCAGAUAGGACCGGUAACGGGCAUCUUUAAACUGGGGAAGUACGUGUCUGAUCGCAAAGAAGUUGGACCCAAGAAAAAGAUCCGCUUGGUACGGGGGGAGUUUGUGGAUGAAUCGGGCUGUCCUGUGCCAGACUGGAUUGGAUUCAUACGCGCCGCCAGGAACAGUCAAGAGCAAAACCUGGAGGCCGUGUCGGAUUUACCUGGAGGACAGAUUUUCUACCGCGUGCUGAGAGAAAUCCCUGCAGGAGAGGAGCUCAGUGUUUGGUACUCCAACGCUUUGGCCCAGUGGUACGACAUGCCAACCACUGCCACUCCCACACACGACGAGAAAGGUGAGGAGCGUUACAUCUGCUGGUACUGCUGGAGAAUAUUCAAAUACCCGAACACACUCAAGGCCCACAUCCACUUCCACUGCGCCCUCAGCAACGGGCGGGGGGUCGUGAGCAGCGAGCAGGCCAGAGGCACCGAGACCUUCAGCAGGUCACCAAAGUCUGGAGACAUCCCAAACACAGCCACCUCUCCGAGGAGCGGUCACAAUAACUCCUCCAUCUCAGACUCUGGCAGGCGGACGGUGUCUUCCUCGCCAUUUUUAAACAAAACCGGACUGGUAAAGAAAAGCAGCUCUGAGGGGCAGGACAGGGCGCUCGACAUGAGCGUCACGUCAGCCAGAAACCAAGGACACCUCCUCGGCCUCGGCGCCACAUCCUCGGUGCUGAGCAGCAUGGGCUUCCACCCUGGCGUGCGCUCUGCUUUCAAACCGACCGGCAUCUCCAAAGUCCCGGGCGCAGAGGCUUCCAGAGAGGACGCCAACGGGAAGCUGAGCGGCUUAGGAUUCAGCAAACUCAUAGGGAACAUGAAACCAAUCCGCAACGUGGGUGAGACCCUGAACGGAGGAGGGAACCACCCACCCAAGUGCGCACCUGCGAUUAUGGACUCCUCAUCUCCAAUGGUGCCGUGCACAAACGCUAUCCGAGGUUUCCCGCUGCUGCCUCACAUGGAGGAGACCUCGGCUUUUAAGCACGUGGACAGCCGGAUGCAUUCAGGCCUGUCCCCGUCCCGUUAUCCCCAGAUGCCCCCCGGACUCCAUUUUGAACGGUUCUCUCUCCCUCAUUUCGAUGGUGUCAAAACUUACGGUGGAGACUGUAACAUCCCACUGAUGCCCUUCACUGUUUAUAACGGGGAGCUCCUGUACAGCUCACCUUACUAUCCGCUCAAAUUCCACUUCAGCAACUUACUCAAGUACCCAGAGUCCAUGUCCUACUUUGGUGCGCCCUCGCUGAGCCAAGACUUGGGCUCGAUCACCAACAUCGACCGGGAGAUCGCCAUGCACACGCAACAGCUGUCUGAAAUAGCAGCGGAGAAGAACCGGACACGGCUGGAUUCCAUACCUGCCGGAAGCACCAGCAACGCCGGCUCUGGCAAACCUAAAAAAGGACAUUUGUGUCUUUACUGUGGCAAGCUGUACUCCAGGAAAUACGGCCUGAAAAUCCACAUGAGGACUCACACUGGCUACAAGCCGCUCAAGUGCAAGGUGUGCUUCAGGCCCUUUGGGGACCCCAGCAAUCUGAACAAACACAUCCGGCUCCACGCAGAGGGGAACACCCCGUACAGGUGCGAAUUCUGCGGCAAGGUGCUGGUGAGAAGGAGGGAUCUGGAGAGGCACGUCAAGUCCAGACAUCCCGGGCAGACCGUCAAGAAAGUAGAGGACAAACCGGGAGGCCUGUUCGAGGACGCGGAGCAAAAGAGCGACAAUGACAGCGACGUGGACGUGUGCUUCACCGACGACCAGAGCGACCAAGAGUCGAGCAAAAAUAAUGACUGA